UGAUAAAAUGAAUGGAAAGAACGUCUUUAUCAUGAAUAAAGUAAUAAUUACCUUUUGUAUCAAACUUUCACUAAAGGUUAAAGUAGAAGAGAACAGGAACAAAAGUGGUGAACUGGAAGGAUCAGAAACCAUGUGUGAUGGCAACUGUUAUAAAGGACGAACUCAGCGGAGGAAGAGGGGAGAAACUGAUGACCAGCAGUUACCUGCUCUGCAGAAAGAAAUUUCUGAUAGGUCUUCAAAGAAAACAUCUGCUAAAAAGGACAAGGUCAAAGAGCAGGUGAAUUCUGUGGGUGACCUCGAUGACUUAACUCUGUCACCGGAAACAGCUUCUGAGGACUGCGAGUCGCCUUACCCUAAUUAUAAGAACACCCUGAGGCUAAUCGAACGACUUGGCCUGGAGGGGAAAGUGCGGUUGUAA